GGACUAGGAGGUCUGGAACGAUCUGGGGCAGGGGAUAGUAGAACGAGAAAGAUCUUUCUGGUUGAGUGUGAACAGUACAUAUGCUGAGUUUGAGGGUGGCGGCGUUAAUGAACCAGGAGGGCUAAGGUGACAGGUCAAUGGGGAGAUGUGUGGCGCCGUGGAAAAGGGGCAAGGAACCCCCUACAACAGCGCCCCUGCCCAGCCAUGGACAACCCCAGCAUACAGGAACUCCAGCAACCCUUGCUGCCAAGCACAGCCUGGGACCUCCUGUCCCCCAAGACUGACAAAGUAGAGCUGGGACCCCCUUUCCCAGAAACAGUCUUUGUGGAGUCACUGAGAGGCCGGCAGUUCCUUCUCUCACCUCUUUCUUCCGUGAGCGCUGGCCUGGGGGAGCUGGAGACCCCUGACCUUGAGGACACAUCAUCCAGCGACAGUGACUCAGAUUAUGAUGGAGGUGGCCGCCUCUCACCUCUUCUGCCCCAUGACCACCUUGGCCUGGCAGUCUUCUCUGUCCUGUGUUGUUUUUGGCCUGUGGGCAUUGCUGCCUUCUGUCUGGCCCACAAGACCAAACAAGGCUUGGGCCAAGGGGGACAUCCAAGGGGCAGGGGCCACUUCCCGCCGAGCCUUCCUGCUGGGGGUCCUUGCUGUAGGGCUGGGCCUGUGCACAUAUGCUGCUGCUCUGGUGACCUUGGCUGCCUACCUUGCCUCCCGAGACCCGCCCUAGCUGCCCUUCAGCCCCCACUGUGAAUGCAGAGGCCAGAGGCCCCCCAGUGAACCCAUGAGAGGAACGGAUGAUCCUGAUGCAAAUGGUGGUGACAGCGAGGACCACAGCAUCCAGAAAUGAGAGUCUGCUACUUUCCUGGCCACCCCUACCCAGAAGGAAGCAA